UAAUAGGUAAAGUUGGAGAAUUUUUCUUAGCUCUCUAUUUUUCGAGCCCUAUCACUUCUCUCCCUCGCUCCCCCCCUCCCUCCUUAUCCGAAAAACCCUUAUCUAGGGUUAGGGUUUUUGCUUCUUCUGUUCAUAGUGUCUAUUUUAUUUAGGGUUUUCGUCGUUUCUAGGGUUAGUGAUAUAUUCUUUGAUUUCGUAUUCGUGUUUGGGUUUCAGUUCUUGUCAAACGUUUCCUUCCGUGGAUCUGGAUCUGUGGUACUAAUAGUAAAUCGGUCAUGGAUAUAAGAAAAAGAGGUAGGCCUGAAGCUGGCUUCAACGCUGGUGGCGGAUUUAAGAAGUAUAAGCAAGAAAUGGACUCGUUAUCAACUGGUGUAGGAAGCAAAUCGAAGCCAUGCACUAAAUUUUUCAGUACUGCUGGCUGUCCAUUUGGUGAGAGCUGUCAUUUUUUGCACUAUGUUCCUGGCGGCUAUAAUGCUGUGGCCCAGAUGAUGAAUCUGGCUCCAGCUGUCACUCCAGUUUCUAGAAACAUUGCAGCCCCACCAGCAGUCUCUAAUGGUUCUACACAGCCUUUGGUUAAGAGCCGCUUGUGCAACAAAUAUAAUAGUGCUGAAGGUUGCAAGUUUGGUGACAAAUGCCGUUUUGCACAUGGUGAGUGGGAACUUGGCAAGGCUGUUGCUCCAUCCCACGAUGAUCCUCGCACGAUUGGAACCAUUCCAGGUCGCAUGGGUGGUCGAAUGGAACCAACCCCACCUGGCCCUGCUGCUAACUUUGGUGCCUCAGCCACAGCAAAAAUUGCUGUAGAAGCUUCCCUUGCUGGAGCCAUCAUUGGUAAGGGUGGUGUGAAUUCUAAGCAGAUCUGCCGCCAGACAGGUGCCAAAUUAUCCAUCCGCGAACAUGAGACAGAUCCUAAUCUCAGAAAUAUUGAAUUUGAGGGAUCAUUUGAACAGAUUAGGCAAGCUAGUUCCAUGAUUUCAGAGCUAAUCGCCAGUGUUAGUUUGGCCAAUUCCUCUGCAAAAUCCAUGGGGGCACCUGGGGGCCACGCUCAUCCAGGAAGUAACUUCAAAACAAAGUUAUGUGAAAAUUUUACCAAAGGGUCUUGCACCUUUGGUCAGAAAUGCCACUUUGCCCAUGGAGCUGCAGAAUUACGCAAGUCAGGUGUGUGAUAGGAUCCCCCAUUUUUCGUAGUUAGUUCAUUGCACAAGCAGUUGUGCAAUCUUGUAUUAGUUAGAGAUCUGUUUAUUAAGUGUUGCCUGUGCAAUGCUCUGCUAAGUGACAUUGUUGAAACUAUGAUGAGUUUUUGGCUUAUUUAUCUACCUUUUAGAACUGCAGUAGCUUUAGCCAGCCUUUUUCUCCCUCUGAGUUCUUAUAUAUUAUGUAUUGUGUUUGUGAAUUUUGGUUAUAUUGAACGUAGUUUGUGCCCCAGUAUGACA